GCCUGCCACAAAGGCUUCGCCAGCUCCGAGGGCCGCAUCGACCUCGAAGUCGACGAGAAUUGGUACUGUGAGGGCUGCUGGCAGUACUACCACAAUCACAGGCAGUGCUCCAGCUGCAGCGCUUGGUGCACCAGGGGGCGCGCCGACCCCGAGACGGGCAGGUGGGCCUGCGACAAGUGCCGCCGCGCAGCGCCGCCCGCCCCCGCGGCACCGCGGCCCGGCGCCCCGGGCGCGGAGGGCCUCCGGGAGCCGCUGCUGGGCGGCGCCGCCCCGGCCCCCGGAGAGCCGCCGCAGCCGCGCGCGGAGGCGCGCGGCGGCGGUGGCCGUGGCGAGGAGGAUCCCCACAGAGUGGGCGAGGCCUGGCGUCCAGAAGCGCGAGCUGGCCCUCGACCUUCCCGAGCAAGCCUGGCAGAUCGGGCGCCCGGGCGACGGCCCAGGUGCUGA